GGCUCAAUGAGACACAGAGCAAAGAGCUUUUCAGAGAGCUUCAAUUCAGCUGUCAGAAGGGGCAGUUUGGUCUCUGUGCAAGCAGUACUCACAUUCCAAACUGCAUUAGAAAAAAGCUGCUGGGGUUUUAUGCAUUUUUUAUAAGUUCCAGAUUAUGCGUCUGAUACUAAUUUUUUCUUAAAGCCUGUAUUUGGAGUACAGCUUAUAUUCUAAAGCAAACCCAGGACUGUGAUGUUUUUCUCUCACUAGCUUGCCCUUGUUUUUGUUUCCUUUUUUUCCCUCUCCCUGGCUUUACUCCAAGGACCUUUUCUGCUCUUUGUUACACUCUGGAGAUGAAGCACCGGAUGGUUACAGCAGUGCUGGUAGCACUGGUAGCGGUUUCACAGAGUUUCCCUGCCUUGUACCACCGAGGCUGGUGGAGGUUGCUAAGGGAAGGAGAUAGUUGUGGAAAAUGUGAUUUGGCACUCUGCUCUGAGCCCAAGGACUGUCCAGCCGGGACUGUGCUGGAUCGCUGCAGCUGCUGUCUGGAAUGUGGGAACGUGGAAGGUCAGAUCUGCGACUUGGACCAGGGCAAUCAUUUUUAUGGGCAAUGUGGGAAUCACCUUGAGUGCAGGCUGGAUGCUGAUGAAGAAAAGUUUGGGGAAGUCCCUGAACCCCAGUGUGUGUGCAAAUCUCAAGAGAGCAUCUGUGGAUCUGAUGGGAAAACCUAUGAAAACAUCUGUCAGUUCAACAAGGGUUAUGCUGCAAAAAGAAACAUCAGCAUGAAACAUAAAGGGCCAUGUGAAUCAGCUCCUGUUAUUUCUACACCACCUCAGGAUGCCCAGAAUUACACUGGAAAUGAUGUCAUUUUUGGCUGUGAGGUGUCGGCCUAUCCUAUGCCACAGCUUGAAUGGAAAAAAAAGGGGAAUAAAAUGUUUCUGCCAGGAGAUGACACCCACGUCUCAGUUCAGGCAAGAGGUGGGCCUCAGAAGAAUGGUGUGACAGGCUGGCUGCAGAUUCAGGGCCUGAAAAAAUCAGAUGAAGGCAUUUAUAUUUGCCACACCAAAAAUAAACAUGGUGCAACGUAUGCCUCUGCAAGAUUGAAAGUCAUUGAUGACCCAUCUCCUGCAUUUGCACUUACUGCUGGCAGUAGAAGCGCAAGCUACAGCAUUGAAUACGAGGAGUAUUUUGACAAUUCUGAUGAGGAAGAUGAUGAAGAAUAUGAAUCCGGGGAUUACAAUAAUGGAAACAACUCUGAAUAAUAAUUUUUAUACAUCUCUUGUCCAAAUCCUUUCACACAGUU